GCGAGUGUGGAUGUGUGGAUGUGUGUGUGUACAUGUAUGUAUAUCUACUACAGUAUUUUUUUUGACUAUGUUGACUACAUGGAUAGAUGUGUGUAGUCAGUCACGAUAAGUGACAUUUUGACUGUUGUAGCCUAUACAUUUGUGAGAUCUGUUUCACUCUCACUUCAUUUUUGACUUAGAUUUUUUCCUCAGUGAAAUAACGAAUUUCAGUCGGCAAGUCGAUAUUUCCUCUUCAAAGCAGCUCCUUUAAACCUGCGCAUCGCUCAGCGGUUCGCGCGUCAGCAAGCGACUGCACACGUUUUGACUUCCGAUUGUGGAAUGAAGAGGGUCUUGGAGGGAAGGCUGUAUGGGAGGCGGCCGAGGAAUGGAUGACUACCAUGGACGGUGCGUCCGCCUGUAAGUCGUCUAAUGACAGCAGCUUAAGGACCGCUAGACAAGCCACCUGAGACUCAUCAUUAGCGACUUUGUGACUCCCCGUCAUCAAAGGUUGUCACCUGCCUGUCCGAGAGCUGUGUCAUUGGGGGAAUCAUCAUGCUUAGAAGGGCUCUCUGGACCUGGCUCUGUUUGGGGGGUUAAAGGAACCCCUCAGUGCCUCAAGAUGGAGCCCUGAAAGCCUGUAGUCCUAAACCCUCUACAACGCAGAGAGAGAAAGGGUUGUAACCAUGGAAACAACUGUGUGUGAGCUCUUUUGAAGAUGCCACUCACUUUCAUCUGGAAUACAUUCUGUAUUGGAGCUGAACCUGAGGAUUACAUUUUGCCUCAGGAACAAGGCCUGGUAUGGACUUCACUUCCCAUGACACCAUCUGUAUAGACAGGAAACACCAUAAGGGGAUGUCAGCCGUGUGAUCACCCGCUGACCUUGCCAUGACUGAGGAGACCAGGAAGCGCUACUGACUCGGGAACCUUCACAUUAGUACACUGUCAGACCCAGAUGAGGUACUGACUCGUAGCCUGGUAACCAUCGCCAUGGCGUUUUGCAACGGCAGUCUCCUCACUAGGUGCGCCCCCCUGAUGGAGCCGGACGAGGAGGAAGGGGUGAUCAUCUCCCCCCCGCCGCCCCCCUCACUGGGGGUUGGCACCACCGGCCCCAUCAUGCCCGCCACACUGCGUGUGACAUUGGCUGCCAUCAUGAUCUUCAUGAUUGCCAUUGGUUUCCUGGGCAACGCCAUCGUGUGUCUGAUUGUGUACCAGAAGCCCGCCAUGCGUUCCGCCAUCAACCUGCUCCUCGCCACGCUGGCCUUCUCCGACAUAAUGCUGUCGCUGCUGUGCAUGCCGUUCACCGCCGUUACCGUGGCAACCGCCGACUGGCGCUUCGGGGGUGGUUUCUGCCGCGCCUCCGUCAUGCUUUACUGGCUCUUCGUCCUGGAGGGCGUGUCCAUCCUGCUGAUCAUCAGUGUGGACCGCUUCCUCAUAAUCGUCCAGCGGCAGGACAAACUGACGCCACACCGCGCCAAGCUGCUCAUCGUCGCGUCCUGGGCGCUGUCCCUCUGCGUGGCACUCCCGUCUGUGAUUGGCUGGCGGGUCAGUUCGGCGGGCGCGGCGGGCAUCGGCGGGGCCUGGGCGCCGCAGUGCGUCCUGGGAUACAGUGAGUCGCUGGCCGACCGCAGCUACACGGUGCUGCUGGCAGUGGCCGUGUUUUUUGUGCCGUUCGGGGUCAUGCUCUACUCCUACCUGUGCAUCCUCAACACGGUGCGCCGCAAUGCCCUACGCAUUCACAACCACGCCUCCGAACAGGCCGGCCUCCCGGCCCUCAGCCAGGUCAGCAAGCUGGGUCUGACGGGUCUCCAGCGCCCCCCGCAGGUCAACGUGGACAUGAGCUUCAAGACACGGGCCUUCACCACCAUCCUCAUCCUCUUCAUCGGCUUCUCCGUGUGCUGGCUGCCGCACACCGUGGUGAGUCUGCUGGCCGUGUUCAGCCGGAGGUUCUACUUCAGCCCGGCGUUCUACCCGGUCAGCGUUGGGGCGCUUUGGCUCAGCUACCUGAAGACAGUGUUCAACCCGGUCAUCUACUGCUGGAGGAUCAGGAAGUUCCGCGAGGCGUGUCUGGAGUUUAUGCCUAAGAGCUGCCGGCUCUGUCCAAAGUUGCCGGGCCGGAGCCGCCGGAGGGUGAAGCCCAGUAACAUCUAUGUGUGCAGUGAGACCCAGUCGGCGGUGUGAGGAACCAGUGGCGAAAAGCAUCGCUCGUCGGCGUUGGUGUCGAGGAGCUACGGAGUACUCCACGGGCAUGAAGGACCCGCUGUAACUGCUAGAUGCUUCAUAAAGACAUUGACUUUCAGCCUUUCGGAGCAGGAGUAGAGCGGAGAGAGUACAGUUCUGUGUUUUGUCUAAGUGCUGUGGAUGUUGGCGAGCUGUUAAGAGAGGUAAUCUCCAUCUUUGUGUGACCUGACAAGAGUGUGGAAUGACGCGUAACCAGGAACAGUUUUCUGCUGAACCGUUUCUCCGGUGUUGCUAUAAAUGGCUCAGCACUGUUGGUUUACCCGGGUGGAUGUUUCAUGUCUCGUACUAUAUGUAAAUGAAAAGUUUGGAUGAACUUGUAAUGAUAUAUUGAUCAAUAUAAAAACUGUUGUUUCAGCAAAUGUAUAACUGAUUUAAUGAAUUAACUAACAAAAACAGUGAAUAACAGUUGUGUUAACUAUGCAGAUAUAGACUAUGUAUAAAUGAAAAAUAACAAAUCCUGAAAACACAGUUAUAACUGUUGUAAGUUGUGUAGAUGCACUGUAAUAGUAUUGUACAUUUUCAUAAACCUAAAAAACGAAAAAAGAAUAUUGUAUGUUGGGCUGGUUGACAAAGGUUCUUGAACACCGGCCAGACAACCAUCACCUGCCUCUGAAGUGUCAAUACGACGGUUGUGUUGCCAGGAUACUAAAGACAUCUGUUGACAGUAAGUUACUGAGUGUUUUAAUGUGUGUAGGAUCUGUAACAACUGUGCCAUUUCUUCCACAGCAGAACACACAAUAUGUAUAGCUAGUCUCCAUCUGGACAGAGGUUAAACAAUUCACUGAGACUUGUUUUCAUCCAGCCCAUCCAAGAUUUUCUGAUACACCUUGCACGUGAGGUCUGCUCUCGGUUUUACUGCUCUUCACACGUAACAUAUUGGAUGUUUCCAUUAAUACCCAGCUGGGGACUUGUCAGGGGAGGACAGCUCUUUAAUAAAUCCUGGAAUAAA